AUGGUAGAGAUCAGGGGUAUGCUUCAACAACUCAUUGGGACAAAUGGUAAGAUGCAGGAAAAGUUGGCAGUGCAUGAUUCAGCUAUAAAGAACAUUGAAACUCAGUUGGGGAAGCUGUCUAUUGCUUUAAACAACCACCCCCAGGGAACAUUGCCAGCAGACAAAAACAUUAACCCUAAGGAACAAAACCCAAAUAAGCUGAUGGCAGUGAGUCUCCGGAAUGGGAGAGAUUUAGACAAAGAGCAGGAAGUUGCACAAGCCAGCAAAGAGACUACGCCAGCCACUCCAGUUCCACUAGAGGUAGAUGAACCAGAAGAACUUACUGAAGUAGUGGUUGAACAGGGUCAGUAUGAAAAGGGUAAGGGUAAGGCUAAGAACCCCAAUAGAGAGAAACCAGCAAGCAGUGCACAAAGGGUCAUACCUGGGCCAUUCCCUCAGAGACUGGUAAAACAAAAGAAGGACGAUCAAUACAGGAAAUUAAUGGAGAUGCUGCAUAAAAUUCAGUUGAAUAUUCCUUUGAUGGAUGCCUUGAGGGAGAUGCCAGGCUAUGCGAAGAUGAUGAAGGACCUAAUGUCACGGAAGUUUGAUUUUCAGGACCUAUCCACAGUGACUCUAACGCAGACCUGUAGCGCAGUAGUGACAAGACCUAUGGCUCAAAAGAUGUCUGACCCAGGUAGCUCUAUUAUCCCAUGCACUACUGGGAAUUAUGCCUUGGCAAAGGCAUUAUAUGACUUAGGAGCCAGCAUAAAUUUGAUGCCUCUGGCUAUAUACACCAAACUGGGCAUUAGCAAAGCUAGACCGACUUCGAUGUUGUUGCAACUAGCUGACCGCAUGGUUAAAAGUCCAACUGGGAUUCUUGAUGAUGCUUUGGUACAAGUGGGGAAGUUUUUGUUCCCUGCAGACUUUGUUAUUCUGGAUUGUCAGCAAUCGAUGAGGAGACCCAGUGAAUAUCCUAAUUGCUCCCUAGUGGAAGCAGUGGAUGUGAUCCUACACGAAGAUGAUGUGACCCUGACUAUUAAAGAUCCAUUGGAGGCAUGCCUGACAAAUUUAGAGGAGAUGGAUGGUAAAGGGUUAGCUGAGUGGGUCAUGGAACUUGAAGGCCAAGGAUUCUGGAAAAGGGAAUCUUAG